AUGACCUUGGAUCAACAACGAAGGCAAGGGAAGACGCCUUUCACUCCAGACAUUGUCGGUGCCCGGCUGCCCGACAAUUGGAAAAACUUGGCUUUAGAAAAGUAUGAUGGAACCACCGACCCAGAGGAACACCUGGAUGCAUUCGUUACUCAAGUCAGUUUAUAUACUGACGACGAUGCUAUCAUGUUUUGCCACGAGCCGUCCUCAUCAGCUCACCUCAAUCGCACUGGUCAACAUUCGCCAAGAGAAGAAGGAACCUCUAAGAACCUUCAUGGAAAGGUUCGGACAAAUGACAUUCGAGACCUGGACCCGGUUGUGGCAAUGCACCACCUGACCACGGCACUAAAGCCCGACCCUUUCGUCAACAGCUUAUGUAAGAAGCCACCUCAGGACUUGGACGACUUGAGGCAUAGGGCCACAAAAUACAUGCAAAUGGAGGAAUUGGCCGCGUUUCGGAGUCAAAACCGACCCGACCUUUUUUACGAAAAGAAAGAAAGUGACAAGGAGCCCCCCAGAUCCCGCCCCCGCGAUGUACCUGACCGCGAGAAGAAUAACAGGGGGCCAAGAUACAUGCACUACACGCCACUGAACACCAGCAGGGCCAAGGUGUUGGAGCAGGCCUUAGCCACAGAAGUCUUGGCUGUACCCCGAAGAGCUAUGACUUUGCCCCAUGCGGAUAAAAUAAAAGCGUGCCAUCACCGAAAUCGAGGGCACACCACUGAGGAAUGUUCUGCAUUUUGA